AUGAAACACUAAAAAAAAUAGAAACAAGAGUAUUAAUUAUUUAAUGUCGAAAAAGUCGUUGGCAAGAGAUAUGAUCCUGAAACUAAUGAAUUAUAAUAUUGUAUCAAAUGGGAAGGCUAUCCUGAUGAAGAAAAUACUUGGGAACCUGUAGAAAACCUAUAAAAUGUUCUAUCCUUCAUUUAAGAAUAUGAAGCUACUCAAAAUAAUACAAGAAAAAAGCAAAAAAUACAAUUGGAUGAUAAAAAACUCAAAUAAUUGCUCCUCAUCAAACUAAAUCAAUUUCUAGAAUAAAUGGCCCCUAAAUAUGAAUUAUAAGAAAUCAACCUAAGUGAUUUUGACAGCUCUGAAGAAAUAAAAGAAUAAUAACAGUAAUAAGAAACAUAACCAAAAACUACACAAGAGCCAUAUGAACCAAAAUCUCAUAUAUUACAACAAGGCUUUCAUUGGUGUCCUUAAAAUUAUGAAUCUAAUAUAGAUUAUUGA